AUGAAGGAUGCUAUUGAGUCCUUUGGUGGUGUACCAGGAGUUAGAGUGAUUCUGUGCGACCUUCCUACUGUUCCUGAUGAUGAUGCACCUAAAUGGGAAGGUAUCAGCUUUAUCAAUAACUUUGCAUAUACCAAUGGUGGAAUACGAACCUGGAGAGAAUAUGGUAUUGGUCCUGGUAAAUUUCUAAAAUGGAGCCACUUUUGUUUGCCAAAACAAUACCUCAACUUAACGUAAUUAAGGAUGCCGCUUCUCCAAAGGCUGACUUUGCUACCAUUAAAGCCAAAAGAAAGCCAAGUAAACCACGAGUUUCAGAAAAGUCAACAGAUGAAGAUAGAGCCUCAGACCACUCAGACGAGGAGAGCGACAGUGGGGAAAACAAGCUGUUUUCUUGCCCAUUCGAAGGCUGUGUAAAAAGUUACCAAAGAUUUUCAUCUCUGCAAAGCCAUGUUGACAUUGGAAAGCACAAGUAUGCAUUAGAACACGAAAAUCUUUUUGAUAAAGCGAUGCUGGAAUACGCCAAAAAGUUAGAAGAAGGCACUAGCGCAGUUCAACAUCCAGAAGCCCAUGGUAUUUCACAAACAUUGGAUUACGUGGAACCUUUGGAAAUCGGAUGGGCGCUAAAGUCGUCAGCUAAAAGAAAACACUUUACUCCUACCCAGAAAGAAUAUCUAACUAGUCAUUUUGACAUAGGAGAACAAACUGGCCACAAAGUAGAUGCCAAGAAUGUGUCUAACUCUAUGAGAAAAGCAAAGAAUCCAGAUGGUUCGCGUUUGUUCCAAAAAUCAGAUUUCCUGUCACCGCAGCAAAUUGCAAGCUUUUUUUCUCGCUUGGCUAAAAAAAGAAGACAAGUUGAUUAUAGUGAUACAGAAGAUGAGGUCGAGGAAGACGAGUUCAAAGAAAUGUCAAACGAAGAGAACUUUGAAAACCUAACAAAUGAAAUUUUGAAUGAAAUUUCUAUUUCCCAUCCAAUAAUGUUUGAAACACACAACAUCUGCGAACUGGCUACAAACUCCAAAGUUGUCCAAAUUCUCUGUACGUAUGCUCCAAGAUAUUUGCAAAUUUUUUGA